AUGGUGGAUAGCGGCGAAUUCGCCGGCACCAUUUGUUCAAUCUGCUACGAAAGUCUAAACCCCAUCACCGAAGAUCUCCAAUCAGUCACCAUCUGCGGCCACGUCUUCCACGAGCUCUGUUUGCAGCAAUGGUUCGAGUACUGUGAGACAUCGAAGAAACGUACUUGUCCAGUUUGCAAGCAAGGUUGCAAGGUGAAAGAUGCGUGUCGGCUUUAUUUUCAAUCAAUUGGAGAUGCGCACGGAGCUGGUCUUACUCAGAAGCAAAGGGGUGUCGAGGAAGAUGCCGGUGUUUUGAGAAAGGAGGUUAAGAGAUUGGAGGGAAAAGUUUCGGGGCUUAGUACGGUUUUGGAAAAUCAAACUAAGGAGUUAGAUGAACUUAAAGAUGAGCUAUCUACUUGCAAGGAGCAGAGAAGGAUAGAAAUAGCAUCAAAAAAUGAAGCCUUGAGGCAAAAUGCGUCCAUACAACUCCAGUUUCGUGAGAAAUCAACGGAGCUUGAGAAGUCAAAUUUGGAGCGUUUUAGAUUGCAAGAGAGAAAUAUGGCUUUGGCUAAAGAACUUGCAGCAUUGAAAUUAGUGUCUGAUUUGGACCUUGGCGAAGACGAGGUUUUGAAGCUUGCCACUUUGGGUAACGGAGCCAACAGUAAAGAAACAGUAGACACUUUGAAAAGAUCUCUUGUCCUGCGAAACAGGAGUUACAAAGAGUUAAUGGCCAAGUGUAAUCUUCUCGGAAGAGGUGAGGCUCGAUAUAGUAAAAAGCUUGAGAAGGCUAAAGAGAAGAUCAAUAAAAUGAAGGCACGGUUACAAGAACUAGAUACAGCAAUGGAAGUAAAAGAGAAUGAAUAUUUGAAGCAACUAAAAGUUGCCAAGAAUUCUGAAAAUAACAUCAAUUCUAAUUCAGAUGUAUUGAUGGCUUGUAAAUUUUCCUCAAAAGAGCAAACCAAACAGAGUUCAACACCCAAGUCUGGAACGGAUCUGAAUAAGAACGACAACAACCAAUCUUUACAAUCUUUGAAGAUAGAUAACUCCAAAGCUACACACAAUAAGAAUGUGAAUAUUAGUUAUGGAAGUAAAACUACCUUGCCUCUUGAUAAAGAGGUAGACUGUAUCAUUAUCGAUGAAAAUGAAUACAAAUAUCAUAACAAGGUUGAUCUAGGAAAGCAAGAAACGGCACCUGUCUCAAAGACUAAAACAUCAUUGCAAGGAAUAUGUAAUUUGGAUGACUCUUCAAGAUAUGAUAUUGACACAGAAAUGGCUGACAUUACUGCUGAUAUUGCCACUAUGGAUAACGAUGUGACAUUACAUGCCGAUGCUAAACAAGCUCAACCAAUGGUUAACAUUAGAAAGGAAUCACCAUUAACAACUUCAAGUUCAGUGGACAUCUGCUUUUCUGGUGGAUUGCUUGGUCCUGAUGGAUCUCAACGAUUCUUGGGUAAAUGGUGCAAGCGUGGACAAAAUGGUGAAUCCACAAAAGGGAAUUUGAUAUCAGUAGGAGCUGACGGUAGAGGCGGCAAAGUCAAAGUUCUAAGAAAUCCAAGCCAACCCUUCUCGGAAGUUAAGGAAAAUUCAGUAGCUUCAAAAAGGUUGAAGGUUGGACCUAAUAAAGCAAGUGGUAUGCAAUCCAGGGGGUGCCUGCAGAUUGAACACUUUUUUGGGAGGGUCAGCCAGUAA